AUGCGCCGUCUAUGGUUACUUCUGCUUGUCUUUCUACGGCUGUCACUACAAGCUGCGGAGAAAGAAAUGUUGUUAGCCUAUCGGCCAGAGGGUGUCAGGCCGAAUCUUCGAACAUGCAACUACCUGAGCUACUACUUUGCCCCACACGCCGACGGUUUGCCGGCCACCGUAUAUCGUGGCGUGAAGAAUAGUUACCACCCAGAUCACUUGCUCUUCGCGCCGCCCUACGGAGACACGCUGGAGAGCCGACAGCCGGACCAGAAGUACGAAAAUCCCGCCGAUGCCAUCCGUCUCAUCGACAUGUAUCGUCAGGACGAAUUCGUGCGCCAUCAGCGUGCCGACGACGCGCGUUACGAGGAGAAUGUCGUCAAUUGCUCGGCACUGCCCUCCAAUACCAGCGAUUUGCUGUAUGGCUAUUUUCGCCUUCAACAGGUGUACGGUACUCGCUCGCACGGCUACAGUAUACCACGUGCCACCGUAUGUGCAGACGAAGACGGAAGACAUCCGGUUGCCUCCAUCAAGCAUUUGUUUUUCCUCGGUCAGAGGGAAACCGGCAAUGAAUUCCUUGAAGCGUUAAAGCUUAUUGCCGCCGGAUAUGACCCAAAUUCUACAAAUACCAUCGACCCGCGUGUCUCUUUUGACCGACCGAUGCAUGAUGGCCUUGUCCAUCCGGUUCUGGCUUCAGCCACCUACGGAAUGGACAAUGACGCAUUCAGCAACAAUGCAUAUAUGGCCACCGAAUAUUCCGGACAAUCGAAUGGCCGCGUCUACAAAAGAUUCAAGGACUAUCUGCCUCGUGUAUAUAUUUGGACUUAUGAAGUCCAUACGGGCGCCAAAACCCGUCUCCGCCCCUUGCCCUGGGUGUACAACGUCGAUUUCUUGGGCGGUGCCCAGUACGACCUUUACGGGCCCCGGCUGAGGGAAAUCGCGGAUAAAGCGAAAAACGCGCCCCCUGGGCCAAUAAAUGGUGACGGCUUCCUGGUCUCCAUGAAUUGGGACAAAUGGUCAUGCUGCAGCGCGUGCUGCUGUAAAGAGGAUGAAUGCGGGAAUUUCUACGUCAGCAAUUGCGGCGAAUUGGAGAGCUUCCGCAGUCGACGUGGCCUGCUGACCGUCAAAAUGACCGCUCCAAACACCAAAUUUUGGAAGGAGGUCGAGGCACGGCUGUCAGAUUUGUUUGCCGUCGAACCCUAUAAGACUGAUGGCCUUCCAAUCACUUCAAUCGUAUGGCAAUCAUUUCCAACGGCUUAUGGGAAGAUCAGGGCUCUCAUCGAUCAAAAGAAAGUGGAGGGCACAUCGUUGCAGAUUUACUGGAAGCAGUACACUGAUGUUGCGGACUGCAUGGACCACCCGCAAAAGUUGGAUUGCCGUGAAUUUGACGCGUGCCAUGGAACAUUACGGGAAUCUGAGGCAGAAAGCUAUCAAGAAUCUGACCCCUGUGAUGGCAUCGACCUACGGUCGGUCUUGGUGAAGGGCGGAAAGAAAGACGUCGAGAUCGAGGAGGGUCACGCUUAUCGUCUCGGCAUCGACUUCGAGGCGUAUAAGCAGGAACCAUCGAUCGUUACCUGGACCACUUCUGGCCAUGAGCUCGAGGAGCUGAACGACGAUGAUGCAUGCGAUGAGAUCACCGCCCUUUCUCGACACGUCAAUAAGCAAGACAUGAUAAUCCCACCGCUCGUCCACAUCAAACAGUGCAUCCAUGUACUCGGCAGCUGGAACGGCAACAAAGAGCAGCUACAAAUCAUGAUCUGCCUCAAAAAAGAAAAGAAUGAGCCAAAGUCGCUCGCGUAUCAGCUUUCCAUGAUCGCCACCAUCCUGACCGGAUAUAUCGCCGCAAUUGCGAUCCUUUGCUGCUGCGUCUCAUAUCAGCGGAAGUUGUACGCUCGUGCUCAAUCGGAGAGCAAU